UCCACCUCCAAACGAAUGUCAAGGAAAUUUUUCGGCUAUUAGUGAGCUUUUAGAUUUUCUAAAAUUUCGUUACAUACGUCGAUGUACCGUACCGAAAGCGACUGCAGCUGCCGGACACCAUAGGUUACGUAAACUGUGUACUGCAUUCCUGGAUUGUCCUGGUCGUGUCCUACUUAGAUUAAAUUAUCAAUACACCACUGCCGCAGAUCGAUAAGUAUAAUCAAUUCAAAACCCUUCCUAGAACUCCAGCCAUGACCUCCUCGUUGCUGUCUUGUAUCCUGUUUGGCGCUGCUUAUCAUGUUUUGAUGAGCAACGUCGAAGCCGCCGGAAAGCUUAGCAACUAUGAAAUCGGCCGGAUAAGAGACCUGUACAAAACUGGGAAAUCUGCCAGCGAAAUCAGCAAGUCCGUCAAUGUGCCCAAAGACAAAGUGGAAGCGGUCAUCAAAAUGCAGAAUCUGUCGUCCAGCCAAACCCUGCAGAUAGCGCAACUCCUGCAAGCCGGCAAACCGAUAUCGGAAAUCAGCCGGACCACCCGUCAAACGGCGGAUGCUAUCAACGCGGUCAAGCUGGUUUACGCAAUACGCUGAUUAAAUAAUUCUGCAAUAAUAUUAUGCAUUUCCCUCAAAAAAAUCGCAGGUUUUACGCAGGUUACGUACCUCGCUGACAGCAUUACUGUGUUCAUAAAUGCCACUAUAAUGUCUGCAGUCUACAUUAUUAUAAGUUUCUUUAGAUCAGAACGAUGCAGAC